AUGGCCUGGGCCUCUGGAGUGACCUUCAGGUUGGACCAGGGCUUGAGGAGGCUGGAGCCAUCUCUGGGGGGAACAUCAUCCAAGCUGGAGUUUGAGCACACCAGCAACACCAGUGCCACCCAGCAGUGCAACUGUGGUGUCUAUGGCUCAGGAUCUCCUCGCCGUAGCGCCUCGGGGCUCGUGGCCAUUCCUGUCUCUGGCAGCCUUCAAGCCUGCGCCCCAAACACCCAGUUCAGCACCAGCCACCAGCCCUGGAUCGCGCUGAUCCAAAGCGGCAGCUGCAGCUUUGCUGACAAAAUCCAGGUGGCAGCCAGACGGGGAGCAGCGGCCGUUGUGAUCUACAACGCGCAGGGCAAAGGCAACGACGUUUUCCCCAUGAAGCCUCUCGGUGCUGAAAAUAUUGUUGCAAUUAUGAUUGGCAACCGGAAAGGCAUGGAGAUCUUACACCGCAUCAAGAGCGGCCUGAGAGUGACCAUGGCUAUAAAUGCGGGGAAAACAUUUGGACUUUUGGUGAUACUAUACACCAUCUUCUUCAUCUCUGUGUUGUUUCUCACGACCCUAAUAGCAAUUAUGUGCUACUACAUUUGGUAUUCUGUCCGGAGAUGCAAUGUUGCAGGGGCCCUGUCUGAUAGUCAGCAGCAGCUGAGGGCAAUGACUAAGUUGGCCAUAGAACAUUUUGAGCUGCGCACCAUGAAGCAAGGGGACAAGGAGCUUGGACCUGAAGGAGAAAUUUGUGUUGUGUACCUUGAGCCCUUCCAGCCGAAGCAAGACAUGCGUGUCCUGACCUGCAAGCACCUCUUCCACCAGUGCUGCACUGACCCCUGUCUCCUGGAGCACAGGAUAUGCUCAGUGUGCAAAUGGGACAUCUUCAACGUGCUGCGUGUUGAGGUGGAUGUAGAAGCGGCUGAGCAAGGCAGAGGAUCCAGUGGCAGAGCAUAUGUCUCCACAGUUGAUGAAGUGGGUGACAAUAGUGAAGCUGCAUCAUCUGGACAGGAUACUCUACAAACAACAAAUGAAUCUCUUCUGCAGGAGGAGCCACCAGUAGAAUUUCACAACGUGCAGCUUGUAAUCAAGGACACCCAGCCCCUUGAUGCCAAUGUUCUGCCACAAGACAACCACACAAGUUCUGAGGCUGACGAAGCUGAGGUUGGAGAACUGGAUCCUGUGGAGGAUCCAACAGCAGGGCAUAGGCCUUCAGCAAUCCUGACAGAUUGGUUGUAAACAGUUCCUGAUUUAUAUCCAGUUUGAAUAUUUAAAUAAAGGUUUGCUUUGAUGAGUC